CCCUACCUAAGCUUCAUUCUCACCUCCAGCACCUCUAGCACCAUUUCGAUCUCUAGCUUCGCAUCUUUGCCAACGCCCGCAACCUUCGCAUACUAUACAACCAGAAGAUAUAAUAUCCCCUAUUUUAGAGCGUCUUCGAACAACACGCACACGCGAUGGCGCCAAUGACGCGCGUGGACCACGAUGCUCUCGAGCAACAACUUAAAGACACAAUCCAAACCCUCACCAACGUCCUAGUCCAAGUAACCAACUACGACAACGCCGCCGCCGCCGCCGGCCCCCCCUCCGGCACCGGCAACAACACCCCGUCCUCCUCCUCCCCCCCUCACAGCCGCCCGUCCCGGGACGUCAUCGCCAACGAGCUGCGCACCCUAAGCGCCAACCUGCAAUCCAUCCACUCGCGCGCCACCGACCCGCAUCUACCCUCGUUACCAAAGGUGCCCCCCGAGCUGGUCGAGUACGUCGAGAACGGCCGCAACCCCGACAUCUACACCCGCGAGUUCGUCGAGGCCGUGCGCCGCGGCAACCAGCUCAUGCGCGGCAAGCAGAGCGCCUUCGCGUCCUUUCGCAAUGUGCUUGCUGGCGAGAUGGAGCGCGCCAUGCCUGAGUUGAGGGACGAUGUGGCGAGGGUGCUGGUGAAUACUGCGAGGAGGUGAAGGGGGUGGGGUUUACGUAUUAGUAGUAGUAGUAGUAGUAGUAGC